CGCUAAGGAUGCCAUGCGUCCACAUGGACAGAGCCCCAUCAGGAAGUCGCACUCCGUUUGCUUGAGGCUUUAAUCCGCUUCAGGGAACUCCUGUUGGCUGCUCGACCCACGUGGUUCCUGCUCGUGUAUAAAAAGUUUGUGUCUAAAGCGGUACAAUGUUGCGAUCGCAAGGGGUUAAAGCUGCUCACACGAGCGCAUCACCGUGUCCAUGAAAGCGAUGAAGAGCUACUUGGACAGCGCAAACUGGAAGACGACACAUCAGACAAAGAAAGACAGGACCUGAAACGAAAGGCGAAUGUCAAGCACGUAGCUAUUGUGCUGUGCGGGGAAAAAAAAAAAAAAAAGUAGUAGUGGCAUCUUUUUAUUUUCUUUCAUUAUGGAUAUUUUGAACUGAUCAGAGACUGGGCAGCUUAUCAGGCUACAUGCAUGGGCUUUAACUGCAGUGUUUCACUCUGUAAUACUGCUUCCAUUAUAAUCUCUCCAGCCAUGGCAUGACGCUGAAGUGCCACCGAUGCUGAGACUUUAUCAAGUAGGACCGGGGAGACAAUAAAGUCACCUUGUACUAUGACAAAAACGUGAUUUUCAGUUUUCAAUCGCGCAUCAGUGACCCACCAAGAACUGAAGAUCUAAGAAAAAGAUGCUUCUUUCAUGAUUUCAUCCAAUUUCAAUGAAGUCUGGAAAUCCUCGCAUGGAAGAUCUUAGUGCAUCCUUACAGGAAGACUGGAUGUUACAACUUGCUCUUGCGCUAAGAACAUUCUCAUCUGGGACGAGCCUGAACCACUUCUAAAACCUUACGAGCACAAGUUGGGCAAGUUCAUCCUCCACGCGAAGACUCGCGACUCGUCUUUCUGUGCUUUCUUUUUCGCUCUUAAAGAAUGAGAAGUUCCCUUUUCAAGGUGCUUUGUCUCAUAGCCUGGGCGCUCUCCGUGCGCUGCACGCCGGCGCCGGAAAGCCAGGCGCACACGACGGCGUCGCGCGAGUCGUGCGCGUCGUGCGGUCUCGCGCAGCCGGCCGACUCGGGGAGGAUGGACGCGGAGUUCGUGGAGGCGGUCAAGAGGCACAUCCUGACCAGGCUGCAGAUGAGGGAGAGACCCAACAUCACUCAGUCCAUACCAAAGGCGGCCAUGGUGACCGCGCUGCGAAAGCUGCACGCCGGGAAGGUGCGCGAGGACGGCAGGGUCGAGAUCCCCGACGUGGACGGGCACGCGAGUCACGCCAAUGACGUCGAGGAGGAAACGUCAGAAAUCAUCAGUUUUGCAGAAACAGACGAUUUGCUGUCUUCGAAGUCCAGCCUCUUCUUCAUCAUCUCCAAUGAAGGCAACCAGAACCUCUAUGUGUCUCAGGCAAACCUGUGGCUGUACUUUAAACUCUUGCCUAGUUUGUUGGAGAAGGGCACUCGAAGGAAGGUCAUGGUUAAAGUGUACUAUCAGGAACCGGGCCUGGGCAGCAAGUGGAACCUGGUGGAGAAGCGUGUGGAGCUGAAACGCAGCGGCUGGCACACGUUUCCCCUCACUGAUGCUGUGCAACUAGUGUUCUCCAAAGGUACACGAAGGCAGAACCUGGAUGUUCGGUGCGAAGGCUGCGAGGAAGCAGGCGUUCUGCCUGUACUGGUGAACUCGGGUGAUGAGUCGCACCGACCGUUCUUGGUGGUGCAGGCACGUGCAACAGACAGCAAGCACCGCAUCCGCAAGCGCGGCCUGGAGUGUGAUGGUACCAGCGGCCUGUGCUGCCGCCAGCAGUUCUACAUUGACUUCCGCCUCAUCGGCUGGAACGACUGGAUCAUCGCGCCAUCGGGCUACUAUGGCAACUACUGUGAGGGAAGCUGCCCGGCGUACAUGGCUGGCGUUCCAGGGUCGGCGUCGUCAUUUCACACCGCUGUAGUGAACCAGUACCGCAUGAGGGGGAUGAGUCCAGGCUCCAUGAACUCCUGCUGUAUCCCCACCAAACUCAGCACCAUGUCCAUGCUGUACUUUGAUGAUGAAUAUAACAUCGUCAAGCGUGAUGUACCCAACAUGAUCGUAGAGGAGUGUGGAUGCGCUUGAGCAUGGCUUUUUUUUUUUUUUUUUUAAAGAUUCGUAACUCUGUAAACGUUCAUUGAUGGAACGAAUUAUUGUAAAGUGAUAUUUAUGAACAGCUGGGUAAACAGUCACCUUGAUGUCCACACCCACACACCCAUGCAUGCACAAAUCUUUUGUACAUAUAUUUAUGUUGGUUAAUAUCUUUCUGGUAGACUCAUUUAUGUGAGAUACAGUCUUAUUCUAAGAGCACAGGUUUGUACAGUAGGUGUUGAUGUCAAAGAGAUGAGAAAGUUGUGUCACAGGUUAUUGCUGUUUCUUUGCUUCUCUCCUCUAAAAUGGCCAUGUUGGGAAAUUGAGAUGAGAGAAGCCUUAGGAAAGGGUCGUUUUCCCAGAAUUUCUCAACUAUGCCUCUUUCACUGUAUACAAAAGCACUGACCAACUCCCCAUUUACUCCUUUCAACAGCAGCACUUCGCUUAACCACUCCAUUGGAAAACACGACAACCAAUCCAUUUAAGAGUCUCCAUCAAGCAGUAUUCAUCUGUCCAACUCUGUCAAACAACUGACCCAUAUUGUCUAAGACAUGCUGCUUUCUCAAGUAUUCAUGUUAGUGGGUCUUACUACAGCAGGACAUGAGUAGGCAUUUUGCCAUUACCUAGUACAAGGGCUUUUUAUAUAGCAGGAGACAUGAAUCUUUUCUGUAAUGCUUCAAUCCUGUCUAGAGAGUUUGCUCAUUUGUGUAAAAAAUCUGUACACAGAGUGAAAGGAAUUAUGUCUGUCAAUCUCUGCCUAUGUGUUUGUUACCGUGCUGUUUGAAGAAGAAAAAAACACUUCCAAAAGUACUUAAAAGAACUGUAGUAUAUUACAUUUCUUCUCUCAAGUUGCCAUUUUUCAGUUGGUUAAGGGUGCAGCAUCACACUUGCAAAAAAAAAAAACAAAAAACCCCACCCUAAAUGCACAUUUUAUAGCACUUGCUAAUUGAAAUGCCUUUAAAGGGUACCAAGUGGCACACCUGUGCUCGCUCACAAUCCUUUUUUCAAAUAAGUGCCGCACAAACUAUGCAAUGUAUAGUACCGACCCACUUCAGACAAACUAGCUAGUAGUUGUAUACUAUCUUUCAAUACUUGAAAUGUCUUUCGCUUCCUUCUCUGAACGAAUGGUUGUUAUGAUAUGAUGUUUGCACUGAAAAAGUUGCAUUAUGAGUAAAAGAAAAGAAAAAAAAACUUGCCAUUGAAAUAAAAGUUAUUUUUAUAGACGUAAAAUAAAUUCUGUUCAAAUGUAUUAUACGGAACCGUGGAACCAAAGAGGCCAAGAUUUUUCUUUAGCUAUUAUAAGAUGGCAAGACCAUCGUAUUGUUAUGUAAAAUACUUUUUUUUUUUUUUGAUCAUGUAAAAGGCCUAAACACUGUAUCAGGGUACCAUAUUAUGGAUUCCAUUUUCAACUCAAUUCUCUUUCUUUCUUAUUUUGUACAGUAGAUAAAUGAAAUAUUUCAUAUUUUUUCAUCAACUUUAAUAUUUUCGGUUUUCUAUUUAAUACUUCUAGUUCCUUUUGCAGAAUCAUUUAGAAUCAAAUACGUGCCACCUCUGUACAGCGUAUGUAAGAUAAAGAAUGCUUUUAAAUAUUUUGUUCUUUGUAACUGUUAUAAAUAAAUUCCUUUUUCUGCA